CGGACAUUCAAAAUGGUCCCACGUGCAAAUAGAUGGCAUGUAGAGAAGCAUAAAGCAAUUUUAGUUACGAAUGUUUUGAAGCCGCAAAAUGACACAGCCAACGACCCGAUUAUCCACAUCCAGCGAUAAUGACGAACGCUUUCGCAGGGCAUCGAUUAUAUCAUCAUUACCUUUGCUGGCCAAUGCGCCAAGUAUACAGAAGUUAUCAUUGAAGCAUUUAUCAACAAUUGAUUCGAAACGCUUUAUGCGAGUUCUGGACAAUACGGUGACACGUGUGUUAAUUGUUUCGUCAUUUCCCAGAAUUAUUAGUAACGUAAAAGAAUAUUCGCUACUGAUCGGCCGCAACGCCACUGUUCUUUUUGAGAAAUACGGCCCACUCAGCAGAACGUAUGAUGAACAGUGUUCAAUGCUUAAGCAACCACCUCGUUACACAGACCGGGAAGCAACGGAGCAACACCGCCAAAGCCUUGUGUCCUUCGAUGAAGGAUUCAGUGUAAACUCAGAUUUUCCACAAACAACUGGGAAAGUCAAACCAAACAUUGCCGCACGCCUUUUCGAGUUGACGCGAAUGAUUCUUCGGGAAUUACUAAACAACCCCUUGGCUAUUUCUGCCAUGAUUCGCCAUAGGGAAAAAUGGGAUAUUGAACCAAGCCCCAGCUGUCGCCGAUUAGCUAUUCAGUUGGUACAUCUUAGAAGUCUCACAAGGAACGAUUUACUCACGACUCCAAAGGCCAGAGCCCGCAGGGAUGAUUUCCUGGAACGACUUCGCCGACGUGAUUUGGAGCAGAGGCGCAUGAUUGAUGAAUUGACAGGCCAGUAUGAAGUCCUGCAAAAAACGCAGAAAACCCAGAACAAACCAACUUUCAAGCAUUCGUUACUUGAAACUCAGGAAUGUGCUUCUGGCCGGGCGAUUUGCCGCUUGGAGCACCACAACAUUGCAGGUUCUGAUAGCAUUCUUUCGGACUUUUCAUUAAAUGAUGGGAGUCUAGUUAUUCAUAAAAUUGGUUUGUCCAAAGCUGGAAUGGGGAUAUCAUCAGCGUUUCGAUGUACAAAUUCGGCGCCUAAAGUGAAUUUGAAAAAUUAG